AUGGGGGCCCCCUUGGGGGCCCCCAUGGGGGCCCCCUUGGGGGCCCCCCUUGAGGCCUCCUUGGGGGCCCCCGUUGAGGCCCCCUUGGGGGCCCCCUCAAGGGCCCCCCUGGAGGCCCCUUCAGGGGGCCCUCCGGGGGGUCCUCCGGGGGCCCCCCAAGGCGCCGCCGGGGAGGCCCUUCCGGGGGCCCCCCAGGGGGCCCCCUUGGGGGGCCCCCCAGGGGGCCCCCUGGGGGCCCCCGGGGGCCCCCCCGGUGGCAGCAGCAGCAGAAGUUGGGGCCUCGUUUGUGGGGACUUGUGCAGCGCAGCAGCUUUUGUUUUGGACAUUGACAUUCCCAGGCUUUUGGGGGCCCCCGGAGUUUCUCUUUUUCGUCCUAAUUGCCAAUUUUGCUUGGCGUACCUGAACGGGUGGCCCCACGUUUUUCUUUGCUCCAUUCCUGGGGUGGCUUUGCGGCCCGGAGAAAUUCUUGUGCAUCGCCUGUUUAGCCUGUGGGGCCCGCAGCAGCAGCAGCAGCAGCAGCAGCAGCAGCAGCAAAUAGCAGCAGCACGCGCGGCCCUCAGAACCCGACUAGCAGCAGUCCUCGCCUCUCGCUGGCUCCCCGUUCCCCUCAGCAGCAGCAGCAGCAGCAGCAGCAGCAGCAGCAGCAGCAGCAGCAGCAGCAGGGUGGCAGCGGAGGAAGAGACUGAGAGCAGUGGGGGGCCCCCGGGGGGCCCCCUAGAUUGCUGCUUCCCAGAGACACGGGGGCCCCCUUUGCUGCUGCCUCAAGACAGGGCCAAAGCGCUGCAGCAAAUCUUCAGCCAAAGGGGCCCCCAGAGGUACGACAGAUGUGACAUUUGCAAAAAAGCCACUUGCAGCAGGUGCGCAGCAGCAGCAGCAGCAGCAGCAGCAGCAGCAGCAGCAGCAGCAGCAGCAGCAGCAGGGACGGCGGCAGGAGCAGCAGCGACAGCAGCAGGAGUAGCAGAAACAGCAGCAGAAGCAGCAGAAACAGCAGCAGCAGCAGGAGCCGCAGGAGCAGCAGCAGACUCUGAACCCGCAGCAGCAGCAACAGGAGCUGCCGCUGCUGCUGCUGCUGCUGCUGCUGCUGCUGCUGCAGAGCAGCAAACCCCUGCUUCCUGCCCCCUGCUGCAGUGCGACAGCUGCCUCUUGGGCUUCCACCGCUGCUGCUUGGGGGCCCCCAAGGGGGCCCCCCUCCCCCCCUCAGCCUCUGAGUGGCUCUGCAGCAAAUGUGUCUUCAUGGGAGAAACUGCAGCAGCACUUGCGGGGCCCCCGGGGCCCCCGGGGCCCCCGGGGCCCCCGGGGCCCCCGGGGCCCCCCUUGGUACCCUCUGUCUCUUUGCUGCAGCAGCUCAAGGGCCCCCCCUGGGGGGCCCCCCAGGGGCCCCCCAUUGGGGGCCCUCUGGGGGCCCCUGGGGGGCCUCCUGGAGAGACCCCCGAAGGGCCCCCAGGGGCCCCCCUUGGGGGGCCCCCUGGGGGGCCCCCUGGGGGGCCCCCCGGGGGGCCCCCCAAGGCGCCCCGGGGCUGGGGCCCUUUGCUGCCGCUGGAAGCAGCAGCAAGUGCUGCAGCAAAUGCUCUUUGCCAUGUGCUGCCGUGUAGGAUGAGAGGCCCCCAAGAAGCAAAUGCAGUGUUGGAUUUGCGUCAUGCUGCUGCUGCGGGGGCCCCUCUCUACCCCGAGGGUUUAGUAACUUCUAUAACAGUUCCAGAGUUUAUGGAGGCCCCUUCUGCAGCAACAGCAGUAGAGGAUGAAGAGGAAGCAGCAGCAGCAGCAGAUGAAGCAGCAGCAGCAGCCUCGGGGACAAAAGCAGCAGCAGCAGCAACAGAAGCAGCAAAGCCGCCAGCAGUCGCAUGCGGCCCGCAAAGCCCGGCAGAAGUGUGCCCAGAGGUUCUGCAGCAGCAGCAAGAGCAGCAGCAGCAACAGCAAGAACAACAGCAGCAGCAGCAGCAACAGCAGCAGCAGCAGCAAGAGCAACAGCUUACACAGCUGCAGCAGCUGCAAGCGACACAGGCGCAAGGCCCCUCUUCUCAAGAGCCCGAGCUCUAUUCCCAAGGCCCGCAGCAGCAGCAGCAGCAGGAGCAGCAAGAACAGCAGCAGCAGCAGCAACCACAGCAGCAGCAGCAGCAGCAGCAGCAGCAGCAGCAGCAGCAGCUGAAGAGCCUUGUUGGCGAGGCCUGGGCUUCCUGGAAAGAAGCCCACCAAAAGCACAAAGAGGUGUGGCAGCUGCUGCGCCCCUGCAGCCGCUGCUGCUCAGAGCGCUUUGCUGCUGGGAGGGGGGCCCCCCUGGGGGGCCCCCUGGGGGGCCCCCCGGGGGGCCCCCUGGGGGGCCCCCUGGGGGGCCCCCCGGGGGCCCCUGGAGUGGACCCUAUUGAAGCAGCUUUCUUCUGUCGGGUUGUGCUUCUGCACACGGGGGCCCCCGACUGCUGCUGGGAGGCCCCUGCGGAGGCUGAGGGAGCAGCAGCAGCAGCAGCAGCAGCAGCAGCAGAAGGCACGCCGCUGCUGCUGCAGCAGCAGGACGGGCUGGGCUUGGACUGGAAGCCGCAGCAGCAAAAGGGCCCCUCUGCAGUCUUAUCGGGGCCCCUCAGCAGCAGAAGCAAACAAGACACUGCAGCAGGGGGGCCCCCCGGAGAAAAGGGGCCCCCCACCUCUUUGCUGCUGCAGCAGCAACAGCAGCAAGUGCUGCUGCAGCAAACUCUUCAGGGGGAGGCCCCCGGGGUGACUUUGGGGGAACUUGCAGAGGCAGUGAGAGCUGCCCUGGGGCUGAGGGGCCCCAGCCAUGCGCAGCAGCAGCAGCAGCAGCAGCAGCAGCAGCAGCAGCGGCAGCAGCAGCAGCAGCAGCAGCAAAUCGAGCGCACCCAGAGCCUGCUGAGGUGGGCCCUCAAAGCGCUGCAGCAGCUACACCAAGAAGAGGGGGCCCUAGAGGAUCUCCUUUUGCUGCUGCAGCAAAAGGAGAUCCUGCUGCAGCAGCAGCAGGACAGCCCCUGCUUGCUGCAGGGGCCUCUGCAGCAGGACUCAGAAGCUGCAGCAGCUGAUGCGCUUUCAGUGGAGACAGGAGCUCAGUUUUCUUCUGCUGCUGGCAGCAGCCUAAUGGGGGCCCCCCUAGGGGGGCCCCCCAAUGGGGGCCCCCUGCUGCCUGCAGCAGAGGCUGUCUGCGUGGGGCCCCCCGCGGUAGCAGCUGGGGGGCCCCUGGGGCCCCCAGGGGGCCCCCCUGUUGACAGGGGGCCCCCAGGGGCCCCCGGGGCCCCCGACUUGUGCAGCACAAGUUCUUCAAUGGCAGCAUCUUCAGUAUCUUCGGAAUCGGAUGAAGAGAGCAGCACUGCAGAAGGGGGCCCCCUGUACCCUGUUUUGGGGGCCCCCGGGGCCCCCCGGGGCCCCGGGGGCCCCGGGGGCCCCGGGGGCCCCCGCCGCCCGCUGCUGGGCAGGGGGGCCCCCCGGCCUGAGGAAGACGAGAGGCCCCAACUGAACCCUCGGGGCCCCCCGAGGGCCCCCAAGGCUGCCGAGGGUGCCCCUGCUGAGGGGCCCCUGCCCUCUAAGCGGCGGAGACGCGGGGGGCCCCCUGAGGGGGGGCCCCCUUGGCCUCCUGGGGCCCCCGGGGGCAGCGCAGCAGCAGCAACUUCCUCAAGGGGGGGGCCCCCAAGAGGGGCCCCAGUCCCCCCAGUGGCCCCGAAAGGGACCGAAGUCUUGCUGCUAAGGCAAGAGAAAUGCAUCCGGGGAUUAAAGGGCUUUACUGGCAUAACGAUGCUUGGAUUGCAUGCGUGCGGCCUCGCCAGGGGACUUCAUCAGCAGCGGCAGCUUUGCGGGGGGAAAGCCAGCAGCAGCAGCAGCAGCAGCAGCAAGUUUUCCGAGUGUCUGCCACCAGCAGCAGCAGCAGCAGCAGCAGCAGCAGCAGCAGCAGCAGCAGGGGCAGCUGACCUUCAGCGACGACAGCGGCAGCCCCCAGGGGGCCCCCCAGGCCGGCAAGAAGAAAACCUGGACGCCCAAGUCCAGGCUUUGAAACCCUUUUUGUACCCUUGCAUUUCCUGGAGUCGAGUAAAGCGCUGCUUCUGUUUGAGGGUUUUCCAAUUAACUCGAAUUUCUCCAUCUCCGGGGGCCCCCCAGCAGGCCGCCGGGGGGCCCCCCGCUCCCUCGGGGGCCCCCGGGGCCCCCGGGGCCCCCGGGCGCCCCGGGGGCCCCGGAGGGGCCCCCGGGGCCCCUUCCCGGCCAGGGGGCCCCGGGGGGGGCCCCCCGGGGACGGGGGGCCCCCACGAGGAGGGGGGCCCCCCCCACCCCACACAAAGGAAAAGAAGGGGCAAACUUCUUUACAGCAGAACUUUCAGCGUUAAGACUUAUGGGGGCCCCCAGGAGGCCCUUAAUGCCACUUAUGAAGCAGCAAAGGCUGUAGGGUACGAACCCCUCUUUUCCCCAAGACAGGGGGCCCCCAAAAGGGACGCCUUGGGGGCCCCCCCUGCCGGGGGGCCCCCAGAGGGCCCCGCAGGGGGCCCCACAGAGGGCCCCACAGAGGGCCCCACAGGGGGCCCCACAGGGGGCCCCACAGGGGGCCCCACAGGGGGCCCCAUGGGAACAUCUGCUGCUGCGCAGGGGCCCCCUAAGGCUGAGGUGGGGCCCCCCGAGUCCCACAGUCCUGCUGCAGCAGCAGAGCCAGGAGGGGCCCCCGCAGCAGCGGGGGGGGCCCCCCAGGGUACUCUGGGCUGCAGUGAACCCUCUGGAGCUAAUGAAGACCUCAAAGAGGGGCCCCCAGGAGAAGGAGAGGCCCCUAGGGGCCCCCAGGGGCCCCCCAGCAGCCAGCAGGCCCUUGCAGGGGCCUCACAAGCUGCGGAGGGGGGCCCCCCAGGCGACGAGAGGGGCCCCUGGGGCCCCGGGGCCCCCGGGGGGGCCCCCAAUGAGAGCACUGUGCCCCAAACCCAGCCAGGGGGCCCCCAACCGCAGCUGCCCUGCAGCAGCAGCAGCAGCAGCAGCAGCAGCAGCGAAGGCCUUUUAAAUUGGGAGGCCCCAGCAGCCCUAAAUGGUCCAUGGGGCCCCUCUGAUGACCUGGGGGGCCCCGGGGGGCCCCCAGGGGCCCAAAGGGCCCCCGGGGGGCCCCCCGGGCCACUGGGGGCCCCCGGGGCCCCUCCUGGUGAAGGGGACAGCGAGGCCCUUCAGUUGCCGCCCCUCGAAGGGGCCCCCAUGGAGGAUGCUGCUGGGAGGCCCCCCAGGGGGGCCCCCCGGGGGGCCCCCAGGGGGGCCCCCAGGGGGCCCCCCAUGCCUGCAAAGCAGGACCUGCAGCUGCAGCAGCAAAUGGCUGGGGCCCCUGCUGCAGCAGCAGAAGGCUCCAGCAGCCUGGGGGCCCCCGAGCAGGGGCCCCCCAAAUGCAGCUUAGAGGGUACUGGCCUCUCAGCUGCGCCAGUUUGUGCUGCUGCAGAAGAAGUUGGGGGGGCCCCCAUGGGGGCCCCCAUGGGGGCCCCCUUGAGGGCUUUUGCUUCUAAAAGGGCCCCUGGGGGGCCCCCCAGGCUUGAAGACAUUGACCCGUGGAGUGUCUCUGCUGCUUCCCCGCAGCAGCAGCAGCAAAACCCUGGCCGGGGGCCCCAGCUGCUGCCGGGGGCCCCCCAUGAGGAGGCCCCCUGGGGGGCCCCCUGGGGGGCCCCCCGAGCCUCGGGGGCCCCGGGGGGCCCCCCAGGGGCCCCCACAGCAGCACACUCGCGGCUCUCAGAUCUAAAAGAGGCAAAAGAAGACUUACAAGGGUACAGAAAAGGCAGCAAAGACCCCUGGGGGGCCCCCCAGGGGGGCCCCCCUGGAAGGGAGCGAAGGGGGCCCCUGUACCCUCGCAAUCCGGCAAGAGAAGGGGCCCCUAAAAAGGGGGGGGCCCCCAGCACAAGACCCUGGGGGCAGCAAGCCCAAGGGGGCCCCACAAGAACAUGCAAGGGGGGCCCCCAGGGGGCCCCUAGAGGCCAAGGGGCCCCCCAGGAAGCAGAGCUGGGGGGCCCCCCCGCAAGACUGGGGGGCCCUCACCCGCAAGCCACUAGAAGGCACCCGUACCGUGAGCAGCAGCAGCAGCAGCAGCAGCAGCAGCAGCAGCAGCAGCAGCAGCAGCAGCACAAGGGCAGGCUCCAGGAAGAGGGGCCUCAUUUAGGGGAACGGUGGGCCUCAAAUGCCUCCAGGGGGGCCCCCCGGAGGGGCCCCCUGCCCGCGGGGGGAAGGAGGCCCUCGCCGUACCCUUGUGUGCGUGGAAGCCCCCGCAGCAGCAGCAGCAGCAGCAGCAGCAGCAGCAGCAGCAGCAGCAGCAGAGCUCAGGGGAUCCUCUCAUACCGCUCGCCCCGCCGCUCCUGGGCGCAGGACUACAGGCGACGGAGGUACAGCAGCAGCAGCAGCAGCAGCAGCAACGGCAGCAGAAGCAGCAGCAGCAGCAUUAGUAGGAAGCGGUGCAGCAGCAGCAUAAGCCGCAGACACCGGCGCCGCAGCAGCGAAGGCCAAUUCAGAAGGAGACGCAGCAGCAGCCGCAGCAGCAGCAGCGGCAGACUGCGCAGCAGCAGCAGCAGCAGACUGCGCAGCAGCAGCAGGAAGCAGCUGCGGCACUACCGCGCCAGCAGCCACUUCACAAGAGGCCGAAGCAACCGCAGCCGCAGCAGCAGCAGCAGCAGCAGCAGGAACAGAAGCAGCAGCAGCAGCAGCAGAAGGGGGCCGCGCUGCCGCCCAUCUCAGGCGAAAUACCGGCAUAGAAGUCAGCGCUGCAGCAGCAGGAACUCAAGACCCCACAGCAGCAGCAGCAGCAGCAGCAGCAGCAGCAGCAGCAGAGAACGGCCCCGGCGUGCCGCCGCAUACUAUGGCAGGUGGAGGCGGCAGUGUGGCUACAGCAGCAGCAGACACAGCAGCAAACGCAGCAGCAAACGCAGCAGCAGCAACAGCAGCAGCAGCAGAACACCCGCGGCCUUUCAACAAAGGGCCUCUGGCAGCAGCACAGGGCCCCUGGAAGGGCCACGGCAGCACAAGUACCAGCUGCAGCAGCAGCAGCAGCAGCACCAGCUGCAGCAGCAGCAGCAGCAGCAGCAGCACAGCACACAGCGAGAAAGAAGCAUGCGGCGGGAGCAGCACCGCAAGCAGCGCAGCAACAGCAGCAGCAGCAGCAGCAGCAGCAGAAAGAGCAGCAGCAGACACAAGCAGCUACAUAGACAGCGUACCCCUUGGGUACUGGGGGCCCCUUCUAAAGAGACAGGGGGCCCCCCUGCUAUGGCAGCAGCAGCACAGAUGGGUUCGCUGAGUCCCUGCAGCAACAGCAGCAGCAGCAGCAGACGCAGCAGCAGAAGAAGCAGAAGCAGCAGCAGCAUGAGCUGCAGCAGCAAACGCAGCAGCAACAGCCACUCGGAGGCUCCCGACCGCAGGGAGAUAAGAGCAGCAGUGGAUGCUGCAGUAGCAGCAGCAACAGCUGCUGCUGCUGCUGCGCAGCAGCAGCGCAGCAAAGACAGCAGCCCUACCCUUCAGCAGCAGCAGCAGCAGCAGCAGCAGCAGCAGCACACUUCAAGGGCCCCAGAAUACGCCGCUUCUUUGCAUGCACUGACCCCUUCCUUUUCCCCCCCAACUGCAGCAAGGGGGGCCCCCCCAAUGUCCCUUGGGGGCCCCCAGGAGAGCUUGGGGGCCCCCCGGGGGGGGCCCCCAGCAGGGGCCCCCAGGGGGGCCCCUGGGGGGCCCCCUGAGGGGCCCCCCGUCGUGCCUAGCCUUGAAAAUAUAUUUGUUGAUGGCCCUCAGAGGCCAAGGAGGCCGCAGCAAAUUAGUGUCUCUUUAAAAAGAAACAAAGCUUUGUAG